AUGUAUGAAGAUUAUGAUUUUUCUAAGGAUGAAAAGUGGAAUCAAUUUAUUUAAUAGGUUGAUGAAUCUAUGUAAUAUAAAUAUUAUAUAUUAGAUCUAAGGACAGAUUGGAAUAUUUAAAAUAAAUUUGGUAUAAAGAAAAUGUGAAUAAAAAACAUUCAAUAGACAAUAAUAAAAUAUCAAAUGUUAAAGAAGAAUCUAAAUUGCCAUAUUACAUAUACAGUACUGAGAAUAUAUUUAAAAUGUCAUUUAUGCUUUUAUUAUUCAUGUAAGGUGUAGCAUAGAUAUUUGGAUAUCUUUUCAAUUUUUUAGCUUUGUAAAGACAAAUAAGAAAUACUAAAAUUUAAUAAAAGAGAUAAUAUGUAAAACUAUUGAUAAAUAAUGAAUUCUUUCAUAACUUGGUGUAUUUAUUCUUAUUUCAUUUUUUUGAAAGAAUGCACAAUAUAUUAAUGUACAGUCCUAUUCUCAUGCACUCAUGGGUAGGAAUAUCAGAAUUUUUAUUUCUUCAUCAUAAAUCAAUCUAUGAAAGUAGAAAAUUUGUAUUAUAUAUAGUAUAGGAAUGUAAAGGUAUAUAGAUAAAACUAAACAAAAUAAGGAACUUAUUCUGAUACAAAAAUAAAAAGUAGAAAUAACUUUAUUUCCUGUGCUUUUGUUUGCAAAACUUUUUUUUGAAAUUGGAAAUUGGGUUUUAGUAAUUUUAUAUCUUGUUUUCCUUAAAAUGAAAUACCAUACAAAUAAUAGAUCUAAAGUUGCUUGGGUGUAAAUUGAUUAUUUUGUCGAAUCUAAAUUACCAAUUUUUAUAGUGCCUGCAUAUAGACAAAUUAGAUAAAUAGCUGUACAUUUAUUUUUAGAUUGA